CUGUAUCUCCAUCGCCAGUCCUGUUUCCACCUGCAAGCCUACGAACUUGCCCCUACUCUUCUGAAAGCAUAACUCCGAAGAGUGACAUGGCCAGAGAUCCACCAUCCAGCUUGGGCUCCACGGAGCUUCGUGAUAUCUCAUUCACGCCGACAGCAAUACGCCCAGCUAAGAUCACUAUAAUCCAUCCCCAACUACGAGAUCUGAUUUUGCCUCUAUCUCGUGGCCGAGUGCUCUAUCCAAGGGGGCUUAAUAUUGACGAGAUCAGAUGGUUUCCAAAUGAUGAGGAUGGUGAUUCAGCCUCCAAAUCAAAUGGUGAUGGAACUACAAGGACCGUGUUCAAGCUGGAUUUUGCAGCCAAUUGUGUCGUGAGCAACUCGAACAUGUUCGCUUGUGGUGGACAGCACGGGGAACUCUUUGUCAGCAGCAUUCCUCAACCAAAUGCCUAUAUUCCAGAACGUUUCCAUGUCGCCCCAAAAAUCAAACCCUUCAAGAUAUCGACAAAUCUUCCUCAUAGCCGCUCGAUCAACAAUUCUAUCAUAAUUCCUCCCUCAUGGCCUAAAGAGUGGACUCGCCAGUCAGUAGAAAGGAAGAUUGGGUAUGUAGGGCGCGGUUCUCGAUCUUGGGAGGAGAUUGAAAGGGGUGACAGCAUCACUGGGAAAGCAGAAAGAGGAGAGUGGGUGACUCGAAAGGUCCGAUCGAGAAAUGACGCGCAUACAUGCUCUGAAAACGGGGAUGAAGAAGCCUAUACUCCCCCUGAUGGCGAUGAUGAAGACGAUGAUAUGUACGAUUUCGAAAAGGACAACCUUUCAUCUUCCCCUGCAACAUAUCCCAAUACAUUACCCAUCCGAUAUGUCAGCUCCCACCUUCCGACCAUUUUCAGUCGGAAAUCCGGAACCAAAGAUAAAUUGAAGCGACGUCAAUACACGGAAGAACCGAGGCUGGUAAUCUCAAACAAUGACCGCACUGUCAAGUUCUUUUCGCUCCCUCUGCAGAACGAGGAUGCGCAUCAAGCAGUUGAGGAGGGUUAUCCGCACUAUGGAAUUCCUUCUCUCGCUCGAUUCCCACAUCCAGUGAACUUUCGCCCCAGUGUGUUACCAUUGGAGGAGUUAAUGGAGUUGAAUGGCCCACCCCUCGAUUUUCCAGAUACCUUGCGGUUUGAGACCGGUAUAAGGGAAGUAGACCUUGGUAUAUCAGAUGACGGUAGGCCCAGUUUAGCCUUGUAUGAUGUGGUUGCCACCGAGUAUGCUACCAACAUAUUGGGCGGUGACCAGAACCGCUUGGCGAGGCAGAUAUUGGAGGGUUAUAGAGAUAGGGAGCUGGCUAGGGGAGGGAGGGGAUUGGGCCGCACGGAACAGCGCCAGCUAGUCCGAGAGGACAGUUUUGGAGAGCUUGUGGAUUACUCAAGGCAUAGAAGAUACAGAAAUAUCGUGGGAAACUCUUCUUCACAUCAAUCACCCGAGCAGCAAUCAAGAGGUUGGACCAGGAUUACAAGCAGAGCUAGAGAUGACGAAGACGACGAAAUCGAAGACGGACUACGUUGGCCGCCAGAAGACUAUAGCCAAAAGGAGACGAGAACUCUACGUACCAUAUGCUCUACUCAGUUCGAUGUGGCCGCCAAUCAUUCGUCUCUAUCCCCCGACUUGCGUUACCUAGUCUCUGUGGGCGACUCUACAGAUGUCAACUUAUUCGAAGUCAUUAAUGAAGGAAGAGAUCUACGAAAGAUUGCAGUAUAUAACGCUGCCACAGAUGCGGGGUUUUCGAGCGCUUGGAGUAAGGAUGGACGCAAGUUUGCGGUGGCAAGUCAAGAUGGCCAGGUGACUGUAUGGGACCAUCGUUCUUCUCGGCCACUUGCAAUAUUCCAGACAUCCCCAUCUUCCAUUCAUUCAUCUCCUUCAUUUAUGCACGACAUCUCCGCCACUCAUCGUGGGGGUAAUACGGCAUCUCCUGGAUCACCUCACUCUUCGGGAUCGGGAAAUUGGGAAAGAUGGGAAAGCGCUACCGGAAGCGAGAUGAUUCUGAGAGACCCAGUGACAGGAAUACCAAGGACCGGUAGCAGCACUUCAGGAAAAGAGGCAGCUAGAGUUGUCAAAUUCAGUCCAGAAGGAAGUAGUCGGGAUCUGUUGGUGUUUACCGAAGAAGAGUCCAACAUACAUAUCAUUGAUGCUCGGACAUUGACGACACAUGUUGUUGUCCCUGUGCCGCAUGUACCAAACGCGACGACCAAUCCUGAAGUUCUUCGCAGGCCUCGAAAAGGUGUUGAGGGUGGCACUUGGGGUAUAUCUGGCGUCGCAUUUGAUCCCACUGGUGAUUUCUUGUACUCAGGGACGGAGAGCACUGUGGUGGAAUGGGAUAUCAGAAGACUAGGAAAUCAUGGAGGCACAUGGUCCAUGAGAUGAGAUGGUGGAGUGGAUAAUAAGGCAGCGAAUCUUGUAUAAUGCCCUUGAGUUGUCAAGCCAGACGGCGGGAUUGUAGAAUUAUUGUUGUGUAUCAUUGUGGCUGUUGUUGUGGACUUAAAGAAGGAUGAUAAUGAAUACAGUCGAC